UCGCAAUGAUAAUCAAAGGUGUGUGUGUGCCCGCUCCCGGAACGAUUUAAUUGUGUUCCUUGGUUCCGGGGGGAAGCGUUUCAACGACGUACUGCACUAGGAUAUCUUCAAACGUAGCUGCACUAGUUGUAAAGAAAAUACAACAUUCACGUCCUUCAAAGCAUGGCCGAAACCACGGAAACCCGGCAGAGCUACGAGGAGAUGUUUCCUAACAGAUUUACAUCAGAAGACGAAGAAUACCAGCAGUAUCUGAGCCGUCCGGCUGACCUGCCUCCCAUCGUGGAGGACUGGAGGAGCCGUGGAGGUGGAAACCACAGAGGCAGGGACAGGUACCAGGACCGUAGAGGUCGUGGUUGGGGAGGAGGAGGAGGAGGAGGCGGCCGAGGUGGUUGGGGAGGAGGAGGAGGAGGAGGAGGAGGCGGCAGAGGUGGUUGGGGAGGAGACCGAGACAGGCACUCUGGGCAUGGAAGCGGGUAUCAAUCAGGUCCUCCAAGCUCCAACCAGGGAUACAACUCCAAUAAUCAGAGACCACAUUAUGACCGCUACUGAUCUGGAAUCUCUCAGGUGUUGUCAGUAUUAAUUGUCUUUCAACUUGCAUUGUAAUUCAUGUGGCAAUGUGCAACUAUUGAUUGGUUUUUGUGACUCUCAUUUCAACAUUCUAGGUCUGAUUAAUACACCAAUAUGAACAUUAUACUGACCGUCAUUGUAAUUGUGCAAUACUCUUUUUAUAUUGUUGUAACUUCGUUAGAAUUAUUUCUGACGUGACAUAAAAGGACAGAUCCUGUUUGACACCCACUUAUCAUUUACAUGCAUAAAAAAAUAAUAGUUCCCCCAUACUGAUUCAUAUUGCUUGCCCUGUCAUCGCGUUACAUUUUCUCCUUACAUUUUUAGGAUGGAUAAGGAGUGUAUACAGUUUUCAUUACAGGAACUCUCAUUGAAAAUGACAGUGAACGUUUUCUUUUUUAGUAUCUAAGAUAUGUGGGCUGUAUUUGACAAUAUUUGAUUGUAAUAUUCUUAGUUGUAGAUGUUUUUUGUUCAGAUACUUUUGCAGCUACAUCUUUACAUGCUUUAAUAUCAGAUUGUUACAAAUAAUACAGUACAGCAUUGUUGCAAACAGUGAAUCACAAAUUCCAGAGAGAAUAUGUUUGCAAUGCAGCUUUAUUUUUCUGUCUCACAUUAUAUAAGAAUACUGAUGAACUGAACUGUUUUCAAUAAACAUGUAUUUUCUUAA